AUGGCCACCCCCAAUGUUCUUACUUUUGACGCUGAGGGGAGGGCCAUUGACUUUGCCGUCUGGAUUGAAGACCUGCAGCUGUACUUACUGUGUGAUGCGAUAGAUGAGGUCUCUCUCUUUGACUUUGUCUCUGGCGCUGUCCCUGCCCCGCCUGCUGAUGCUGCCUCUGCUGCUCGCUCCAAGUGGGCGACCCGCGAUGCUGCUGCACGUCUUGCUGUGCGUCGCCACCUCCCUUCCUCUGAGCGUGCCCACUUUAGUCAGUGCAAGACCGCUCAGGCCUUGUACGACGCUGUAGUUGCACGCUACUCCUCCCCUUCCUCCGCUACCCUUAGCCGCCUCAUGCUACCGUUUCUCUUCCCUGACCUCGCUUCCUUUCCCACUGUUGCUGACCUAGUUACCCACCUCCGCGCUAGUGACACCCGCUACCGUGCUGCCCUUCCUGCUGAGUUCCGCGCUGCGAACCCUCCUCCCAUGUACAUCACUCUCUACUUUCUCGUCACCCGUCUCCCUGAGUCCCUUCGUGUCGUUAGGGACCAGGGUGUGGUCCUUCCCCCCUGCUGCCCUCUGUCGCCUCUGCCGCUGCGGCUGACCUCGCUGGUUUUGAGUCGGUCGGCGCGGCGUCUGCCCCCAGCGGCAGACGCCGCUCUGGCAAGGGCAAGGGGGGCAAGGGGGCGGGUGGAGCUAGAGGGGGCGGCGGAGGAGGCGGUGGGGGUGGAGGGGGGAGUGGGAGUGGCGGUGGGGGUGGUGGCGGGAGUGGAGGUACUAGUAGCGGCGGUGGAGGCGGAGGUGGCGGCGGAGGUGGUAGCGGAGGAGGCGGUGGGAGCGGUGGGAGCGACGGUCCUGGUGGGGGAGGUGGCGGUGGAGACGGGGGUGGCGGUGGAGGCGGGGGUGGCGGUGGAGGCGGGGGUCGGAGUGGCUCGUCCCAGCGGAGCGGCUCUGGGGGUGCGGCCCCCUCUGGCACCCUGA